AUCGACAUGAGGACUGUAAUCAUCUGAUUUGAUUGUAUUGUUACGAUAUUUCAUCCAAGGUUCAUUCUCCAAUAUGGAUGGCGUAAAGGAGAUCGAGAGACGUGAGCCAUUGCUUGGUGAAGAUUGUAUAGAAGAAAAAUAUAAAGAGCCUACUCAUGGAUUGCAUUGGAUAUGGCUCUUACACGGCACGGUAAUAGUCACUUACUCGAUCUUCCUUUCGGGUGUCUUUCUUCUCAACGUGAAUCGCAGCGCUUCGUGCGAAAAGGGCCGGCAGUCGCAGUCUUACCUUCCAUUGCCUUCAAGGGAGGGGUUACAAUGGGAAGACCGGCGAUUUGAGACAAAUAUAGUAGACAACCCAUUUGCAGGGCCACCUCGGGAGGAGUUGGAAAAUGCAUGGCACGACCUGUUGAAGAAUGAUAAUAUUCGAGUACCUAUUGGAUAUCUCGAUGAGAAAAACCUGACCACAGUCUACACCAAAGAUCAUGCCGAAGGGAUUGCGUCUUUGAGCAUCUAUCAUUCCUUGCAUUGUCUGAAAAAAAUUAAGCGCAUGAUGUUCAAGGAACAUUAUUAUGCAAAUAAGGAUGAAACUUCUAUGGCUCGCGAAGAAAAACACGCCGAUCACUGCGUGGAAUAUAUACGAGAGUCCUUGAUGUGUCAACCAGAUCUCUCGAUGGUGACUUUUCGAUGGAUCAAUAAUACAGCUCAACAUCAAGACCCAGCUGAGUUCUAUCCGACAAACUUUGAUGUUGAUAUCCACCGCUGUGCAGACUGGCAACAUCUAGACCAGUGGGCCGGAGAGAGGGCAUUUGAUCUUUUCCAGGUUGAUCUACUAGAUAGGCCGGAAUAGUUCUGAAUAUGUCCAUGAACAUGUUAUGCGUGUGUAAUGAAAAGAACAAAUGUAUUUCUACUUUGGCGACAAUACCAUGGAACAUCCAUGGAUCUAAGUGUUUAACCAAUUUGAUCAGUCCUUUAUUGCCUCAACAAUGCCAUCGGCCCCUUCCUCAAUUGGCUCCCAAACCCUGACCACCCGGAGCCCAACGCUCUCCAGUAAUUCGCUCCAUUGUUUUGCCGUGCGCUCCAUUCCGCUAUUGAAGGCCAUCAUUGUCAUAUCCAACUGCGCCUGAAAUUGAGGUGCGCCCUCUUCAAGCACUAUCAUCUCAUGCAGCAAAAGUUUCGAGUAACCCGGCGUCAUCGCAGAUACUACUCUUCGUAGUAUAUCGAGGCAGUAACUGUCC